AAAACUCGAAUGUAAAAUUCAUAAAUGUUAUUAGGUACUUAAUUUUAAUAAAGUGUUGUAAAGUAAUCCAUUUAAUGUAGUUUUGUAUAUUAAAAUACUGUUAGUCAUAUAAAUUUAAGGUACUCACAUCGAGAUACUAUGUCGGGGGAAAUAGCAGCUGGAUUGGAAGAAGUUCUGGAUCAACUAGCCGAUUAUACACUUAAUACACACAACUUUCAGUCUAUACACAAUGCCUUAAAUACUGAGAAAAGUGUAAAAACAUCGGCAAUUGAUAAACUGCUAUCAAUAUGCAUACGUGCCUUAAAGGAAGACAGAAAAUACACAGUUAACACGUUAAAUAUUGUACUGUCAAUUAUAAAAAAAGUCAAUGAUGGACAAUGUACACCAGUACCUGACUUGGUACCAUCAGCAUUGGCUGUUCUUCAUUUACUACAAACUACAGUUCUCUUCACUAAGGUGGAGGUGCUGAAGAUAUUAUGUUUUGAAAUAUUACUGUCUUAUCCUGAAGAAAUACUUGUAUCAAUAGCGGUGAACCAAGGCACUGAGUUUAUGGAGCUAUUCAAUUCUUAUUGCCAUCAAAGGAUACCUGUUGAUAUAAGAUUACAGCCUGUUAACUUACUUGGCAAACUCCUCAAAAUAUUGCCACCAGACAGGAGACGGCAAUUUGUGAAACAUGGUGUCAGCGUGUGGUUCUCAAAAAUUGUGCCAACAGUAGUAUUGUAUGUUAAUUCGGCGAAUGCCAAUGCUGAUUAUAAGCCAGUAGAAGCUUUAGAGAUGUUGACAGAGGAGUUAGUUCAUAUUGACUAUGUUGACAAUCCUCAGUGGCAAAUAGUACUAGAAUGUAUUUACACACCACAGAGGUAUCCUUCAAUCAUGAAAAGCCUAUUAGAAAAGGACAAUGUUGUCUGGUGCCAUUUAUGGGUUAUAUUUAUCAAGCUACUAAAAACUCAAAUAACUAAAGUAAGCAAUACAGUUAAAGGAAGCCCAAUAAAUUCAAUGCUGCCAGUCGUUGAGUUAGCUUUCAAAAUGAACCCUCAAAAUAGAUGUAGAGCAUUUGAAUGCUGGAAUGUAUUGAUAGACAACUUCUCCACUGAGACGAGUGAUUUGUACAUUAACAAGAGAAUAAAGUUACUGAUUAUACCACUGGUAUCAAAUAAUGCUAAAGUUGUGGAGACUGCUGCGGCUAAACUGAACACAUGGUGGCACCUCAUCAUAAAAUUUACUGGAAAACUGCAAAAUGUUGCAGAUUUAGCUUUAAUACCGUUUUUAUAUUUUUGUUUCGGUAAACCGAAUACAGAUAAGCCAAUGUUGAUACCUGGAUUGCUUUCGGAGGAGUUGAAAAUGAAAUGCAUUGAGGCUAUCACUGAAAUAUUUGGACAUACAAGUGAUUGUGACUGUAGAAUAGACUUGCCUAGGCUUAAUGAUAAACUUGUUACUGGAAAUUUGCUAGUGAGUCACUGGAAAGAGUGGAUCCAUGCUGUUGACAAUACAAUAAAAUUAUUUGUUGCAACAAAUUCAAAGCAAAUUGAGUCUUAUGUUAAAUGUAUUUGGUGCUCUCUUCUGUCUACGAUUAGUGAUCUAACAGAAAAUAAAUUAAAAAAGGAUUUGUACUAUGAAGUACUUAGUUAUUUAGACAAACUAUGUUUGGGUGUGACAAACGCUAUGGGAAAAGUGAUUUUGGAAACUUUUAUACCGUCUUUAUUCAAUCAGAAAGGUCUUGUAACAUCAAAAAUUAGAAUAGAUGAAUGUCCACUUGAACAGAAAGUAAUAUCUAUGCUGCUGCGGUUGCCAAGAGAUGUAUUAAUUGUCAGACCCGAAUAUGUGAAUGAGCUCAAAAAUGUAACAGAUCUAUUCCUAGAAGAGAAAUCUCCUCUAACGCUUAACACAAUUGAACUUGUUAUAAAGGAAGUUCCAACUAAGGGCCUUCUUGUGUGGACGGCACUAGCUCAGAGUAUGUGUAAAACAAAAUAUAAUGCCAACUCAAAAGCGCUAAGUCAAAUGUUACUGUGUCCGUUAGAAAAAUCUACACUCAAUGUGACCUCAUUUUCAUCUUGGCUAGAUUUGUAUAGCCAUGUGUUAGACCAAAAUUCUGCAAUAAAUGAUAAUAUUUUGAAUAUUAUAUCAAAUAAUGACAAGUUGGAUUAUUGUUUUGCUAUGACAAUUUCUCUGGAAAUGGUAAAACAAAAAAUAAAGAGCACUGAUGGCAAAGGCACAUCUUACAAUAAGGAACUUGAAAAUCUUCGUAAAUUGUCUGCUUCCAAAGAUCUGACUGUUUGGUUUUGUGAUAAAGGAAAUUUUGAAGCUAUUAUUGAAGUUGUAAUAAAUGUCUUCACAAAAUUAAAUCCUACCAAUGAUACUGAUAUUGAAAAUGUUAUCGGGAUUGCUACUAAUAUCUUAGGACAACCAUUGCAACAGAUUCUUGAGGAAUCCAGAAUAUGUGACGAUUUGGAAAAUCUAUUCAAAAUUAUAGAAAUGGUAGUAAAUAAAGAUAAACACACAAAGUCCAAACUACAAAUUAUAAAUGAAAUUAAAGUCGUUGGUGCUAAGUUUUUAGACAAACUAGAGCCCUACCAUAAUAAGGAGGUUAUAAAGAAAUUAAAAACUCUUUUGGAUUCUAUUUACAGCAAUGGAAAAACUGUAACAGACAAUAUAACAAGUUUUGUAGAACCUGAAAAAAAGGUUGCUAUGAAAAAGUCUAAGAAAAAAGAAGCAACUAUUGUUAAUACUGUUACAGACCAGGGAGAAGAAUAUGUAGUAGUUAAAUCAAACUGGAAAUUUAAUCCAAAAAAAUUGACUGAUAAUCAAAAAGAAAAGUUUAAAAGAAAGAGGGAAGAUAUUCCAGCCUUGUACCAAGAUCUAUCACAAUCCCAAGAUGAAUUCAAAUUAAUGGCUUGGAAAACUGAUUCACAAGAUACAUCCUCAACAAGUAAAUCUACAACCGUGUCUAUGAACGAAGAUGUGUCUUCAAUUCUCAAAAACUUUCCUAAUUCGGAAAUUGUUCCUAAAAUUUUAGAAAAUAUGAAGCCUACAAGUGAAAAUAAUAUUUCUAAUCAUACUGACGAUGUAGGCUUAGUUCACACUAGAAAUAAUACUGUUGAAUUAAAAUUAAAAAAAGAUCUUAUAACGACUCCAACACCAAGAGAAACUAAAUCGCCUAGAAUGGCACUAAAAGAUCGCGUUUUUAGGAAUGUCAAAAAUCUCAUUGAAAAGUCCAACAUUCCUAAUGCUAAUAUUAGCUUGAACUCAAAUUUAAUUGAAAGUGAUCCCAAAACUCCUGUAUCUAAGAAACCUGAUAAUAUGACUGGCAUCGUUAAUUCCGCGCCACCGAAGAUAAGCACAGAACGGCCGAAUCGGCAAAAAAGGAAGCCAAAAAAGUUUGAAGAUGUAGAAUUAUUUGGUAUGAAAAAGAGACGACAAUCUUUAGGACAAAAUGAUUAUCCUUCUCAAACAGACACUGGUGAUGAAAAAGACGAACGCAAUGCAGAUAAUAAAAAUGAAAACAUUUCCAGCGAAAAACCAGUAGGUGUUGAAGGCGUUAAUGAUAAUAAAAUAGUACAAGAGUCAGAGAAUCUACAUUCGAUAUCGGUAACUAUAGAACCUUCAUUAAAUACCGGUAGCGAAAUACAAGACAAUAUCUCAAUAGAAUCUAAACCAGAUGGUAUUAAAGACAAACCUGAGACUGCUGACAAGCAACAGAACACGGCUGAAAAUAUGGAAAUCGUAAGCGAAACAGAUAAAGCUGGGCCCAGUACUGAAAACGAGAAGAAAAACACCAGUCUAGACGAUUUCAAAACAGAAGUACCAACACCUAAAUUAAAGAAUAGAGAGCAAAAAGUUUCAGAAUCGACAAAGUCAUCAACAAAAAAAACCUGUUCUAAAAAAUCGCGAAUUGAAAAAGAAUUAGCUAUUGAUAUGGUCGAAGGUCAUCCUUUAUUAAAUUCUCCAGCUGAAGCUAGAGUUACUAGAAAAAGACUUUUAAAUACACCCAGUUCAAGAAGAAGUAAAUCGGAAAGUACACCUAAUAAUAAACUCGAGACAAGAGAAUUAAAAUCUAAAAGUGAAGGAAAAAUCAAAGAAAAACCUAAGGAAAAUUUUCCACUUCAAAGAGAGGAUACACUUAGUUCCGAUGACACGCCAUCAUCACAGGACAUCAUAGAAAGUUCACAAGAUUCCAGCAUUACUACAAUAUCCGUAAAAUCAACCAUUUCGAGCAAGAAAACACCUACUGUUGUAAACAACAAAUUAAACGUUGAUACUACUGAAACUCAACAUUUGAUUAAAGAUCAUAGCAUUGAUGAGUUACAAUUUGCAGAUUGCAAUAAAGAUAAACUAGAGAAUACAAACGUAACAUUCAAUGUAGAUGGCAAGAAUAAAGACGAUACAGAGUUACCUAGAAAUAAAACUGCAGUGGAUGAUUCGACGUUUAUAGACUUAACAGAAAAUAUGGAUACAGAACCAAUCUCACAAAUUAAGACUUUGGAUGAUGUUGUGGUUAUUGAAGACGACCAACCCGAAGUAGUAGAAGUUAUAAACACAGAAGUAGGCCCAGAAACCCAAGAAAUAGCAGAAGCAGAUACUCAAUCCAUGGAUCCAUGUGCUGCCGUGGAACCAGAAAAUCCAGAAAAUAUUCCCGAACACAUAACCGACAAUACGGCAAAUAAUGUAACAGAAACAAUAGAUAAUGUACUAGACGUAACAUCAGACAUAACACAAUCGAUUGAAGAUGUAGAAAAUAAAAGAAAACCUAAAUUUUCACCGUUUAAAGACGAAGAACAAAGGAAAAAAGACUUUUUAAAUAACACAAUAGAAAUAUCUCCAAUAAAAACGCUCAGUCCAAUCGGGGAAGCAAAAACGUCGGCUCAAGACACGAGCGGCGAUUUUGUUGUGAUUAAAUUAAAAUCGCCUGUGCAAUGCAACGGUGAACCAUUUGAUAAGUGUGACUCACCUGAGAUAUUUACAGAAGAGCAAAAGAUUUCACCAGAUAAAAGAAAUAUGUCGCCGCCGAGAGAAGAAAUAACAGUUACAAACACAAGUCCAAGCUCAUCUUUAUCGUUAAAAAAGAGACCGCAAGUGCGUUCGGGUGGUAGAGGAGCACAAAUGUUAGGAUUAUGUGUUCCAAAUCGACUACAAACUAGUGACAAGACAGAUGUCGAAGAAAAGAAGUCGACCCCUAUAAAUACAUCGGCUAGACGUAAUUUGAGGAUAAUGUAUAAUGCAACGACUGAAAAUAAUGAUACAACUGAGGAAGAGGACAAUGACAAUUUUCUGAAGUUGAAGAGAAGUUUGCCCUCAACAGACUGUAGCCCAGCUGGUCCUAUCUUGAAACGGAAAUUAUCUGAGAUAACUGAUGAUGCUACUGUUUCACCAGCAAGUAAACGAAAGCGAGUGAGCUUCCAUGACCCGCCGGUUUCGACGACAAUAUGCGUGAAGAAAUACAUUGAACCAUGUGGCAUACGUUCACCGCAGAACUCCGCAAUCAAACGACAAGAGAGGCAGCUGCGAUCUCAAGUUGCUACGAAAUCACCAAAGCGGCUGGACAACCUCUUCAAAUUAGAUACCGUACUGACUAAAGCUGUAGAGAGUUUUGUUGAAGAAAAUACCAGCACCAAUGAAGACACAGAAAUGAGUUUAGAUCCAACACCAGUCGUAGAAAUCGUCAAAACUAGUGAACUUAACGACACUGAUCCGAUUUGCUUAGAACUGAUAGAUUGUGAGGACUCUAUUGAGAAAAUAGCAGCUGAGCUAUCUUCUAACACAAUGAAGACGCUGUUAGUCAAAGAAUUCGAAGGUAAAAUCAACACAGUGGGUGAUUUAGCAAAACUGACAGAACUGGAAGUGAAUAGGUUAUGUAUAAAGGCGCCUAAAGUAGAAGUAGCAAAGAAGGUUCUAUCGGAGUAUGCAUCGAUGAUAAAGCAAGCUAGUGAGGAAAUAACGCCUACUGUUGAAGAGGCCAUGUCGGAAUCAAUGGUUCCUGAAUUCAUGGCCAUGGAGGUCCAAACCGAUGAGGUUUUAUUUGACAAUGUUGCUAUGCAGACUGACGUUCUAGAAACUUCGGAAAAACAUGUUCAAAGUGAUCCAUUAUCGGUAUCACACAACAGUGCGCAAACCGACGAAUCUGGUACCAAGUCUACAGAAGACUUGGUGAAGUCAUGUUUAGAGAGAGACGAUUUUACAACGCAUCUUUGCGAUCACACCGACAAUAAUUUCAAGAAGGACAUUGCUGAGAAAUUACCUGCUAAUUCUCUAACGGAUCUAGUAUUGAAGAAGAUGACAAGUACUAACUCAACAGAGGUAGUAAAUGGGAUUUUGGACCAUAGACUAAGUACGAAUAGUAAGGAAGAAAAUCUCUCCUUGCUGAGAGAGUUUAUCUGUGACAAAUUCGAAUCAAAAGACCUCAUUUUAUUCUGUAGUGAGAUUCUAAAGAAUGCCCACAGUAAAAUCACAUAAUCAGGAGAUUAUUAUAUUCAUUAUGAAUGAAGUACUUUAGUUCUAGC